GAUGAAGUGUCAAAUAUGAAAGGUUUUCGUUACCUUUAAGAAUGUAUAAUCAAGUCAAGCAUAAACCAGUAAUGGCUUUGUCAUGUAAACAAAUAGGUCCAUACAACGGAAGACACCCUGUCGAAAAUUGCUGGACUAGCAGUUAGAAGCAUUGAGGUACAAUCAGAUGAGAUCACAUUAAAAUUGGGCUUCUAAUAAGACUAACACGAGAAUGUUACGGCGUAGGUAAUAUUCGGAAUCGCAUUGAUCUCUAAGAAUCUAGUGGUAUGAGUUCAGCAUGGACACUCUUAACACCCAAAAUAUUAACCAAAAUGUAUUGAUUGGAUCCAUAAGAAGAGUAGAGAUCCUCUUCUAUAAUUCUGGUGCCAACCCGACGAUUUUCAAGUACUGUUUCUUUAACUUUUUCGAUGUUAUCGUCAUUAAGUAAUUAACAGAGGUGGAUGGACGACUCGCAUGAAGCAAGGCAAAUUCCAUUCGGAGUUUGUUGUAAAACACAGAAAGUAUUAGAAAUUUGGUGAACUUUUCCUAACAGGGCAGUCAAAUAAUAUGAUUGUAUAUGUAAAGUUAAGGGCUACAUACAUAUUUGUAUUGUACCAUAAGCGCGUUCAGGUUGUAUUACAAAAGUAUAAGUCGCAAUUGGACGUCAACCAAUACAUAUCAACAAUUUUCCAGUAUAGAGCGAGAGAGCGACUCACUAUUUACAUCUCUGCAAACUCGUAGAUACAAUUUCGUAUAUCUGUGUGUGUGCUAAUUGGUGAGAGUAAAAUCUCUCGAUCGCUUUGUUUUGAUUUAGACCUCGUUAGGAGCGCAAAGAUCAUUGCACAGCCCAUUGAGUCCCAUUCUGUCCGUCAAUUCCAACUACUAUGUACAUUCUACCAUCACAACAUAGGCAACAGUUGACAUUCUUUUAACGACCGUCCGGAAUUUCGGUUCUCCGAGUAUUCAUUUACAUUUUUCCAUUACGUAUAGUGCAUUUUUUCUUGUUCAUUAGUGAUUUUCCAUUUUCGUUUCUGUAAUUACAUAUGUGCAUACACAUGUCCAUAUGUAUUUACUAACUACCUAGCAUUACAGUUCCGACUUUCGUUUCAAGUUCAGCUUGGUUUAGUUUUAAACUGGAAGCCUUGGCAUAGAUACUCAUAUAUACGAUAUCUGCACCUUUUCGGUUGAAAAAAAUUUUGUUUUCUAUUUGUUAUACAUUAUCGUUUAUAAUAUCAUUGAUAAUGGAGAAGUUUUACUACUUGGAUAUGUUUCUACUCAGGCAUUUGCAAAGCUUCUGGGGUGCAUCGGGUGAUUUCUGGCAAGCGCAAUGGGAUAAAUUUAUCGAUAAAACAG